CUGCACGUCGUUUGAUCUCAAAAUAGAACACUCUUCUGAUGCAAGCGUGUUGGUAUAGAGAGAAGGAGAUGGUUGAGUUUCUACUCACUAAAUCAGCAGAUGUUAAUGUGGCUGGCAGGUGUGGAGAGACAGCUUUGAUUGUAUCUGCAAGCAUUGGAUCAGAAGAGAUCACUGAUCUACUACUGAACGUCAAAGAUAUUAAUGUGAUGAAGGGAGAUAAUUUGGGAAGGACAGCCAUCCAUUAUGCUGCAAUGAAUAAUCACGUGACCAUUGUAGAGAGACUUUUGUAUGUUCCUGUUGAUAUCAAUGAUAAUGAUGGUUGUACACCACUGUGGUAUGCUGUCUUUGAUGGUCAUGUGUAUUGUGUUGAUGUUCUCCUAAAACAUGGAGUGAGUCCCCAACAUGAGAGUAAGAGUGAAGGAUCACCACUGAAGGUUGCCAAGCGAUGUGGUCACAGUGAUGUGGUUGAGAUGAUGGAAGAAGCCAUAAGAUUGACAUCUCAUCCUUAUGUGGAGGGUCGCAUGUUUGUCACCAGACAUCAAGACCAACAGACAAUUGCUGAAUUGCAGAGUGAAGUGGAGAAGAAGACAGAAGAAUUAGGACAAUCAUCCCUGGUCCAUGAGAGUGAAGUGACGAGGUUGAGGAACGAAAUGCAACAGAAAGAGAAGGAAACUGGUGAUGGUCAAGUGGCUCCUGAAGCUUGGUUGUUGUCGCAGUCGCCAGGAGAUGUGAUGGGUGCUGUUGUUGAUCUGGCCUGUGAUCAGUGGAGUGACGUUGGACUUAAUUGAGUUGGGAUACGAAAUGUCUCAACUCGAUUCACUGACACCGUCAAUUCCUUUACCUUCAGGCAAACUGAAGGCAAUACUGAGAAGAAAGGCUCUUGCGGUCGGUACCAACAAUGUUGUUGGUAUCAUCUUGUCUGCUUGCCAGCGUAUUUCCUUUCCAAUUUGUGCUACUGCAAUAAGAGAUGAGGUGGUUAGACGUCAAGAGAGACUGAGAGCACAAAACGGUGGACAAUAGAAUAAUUGACUUUGUCACUUUGUUGUCUGCAUGGCUAAUCAUAUGGUUUAUUGUUGAUCAAGUGAUGUGUUACCUAUUGGUAGGAGGCACAUCUUUUCUGUUUGUAAGGCUACAUGCUUUCUUGCUGCUUUCAUAUGUUAAUGGUAGUUGCAAUAGAAUAGAUUAUGUUA